AUGAUUAUAGAUGCUGCAAAGAAGUUUGCAGUCUGGGCAAACAGCAAGUUGGAUACAACCAGCUGCAAAGUUUUGCUUGAGGAAGACUUUCCAUCACCUCGAAGAAUACAACGUAAGAAAAGAAUGGCUGGUGAGCUUGCAGUAGAUGAACCAAUUCUGUUAGCAAGUGACCAGUUCCGGGUGGAGGUGUACAAUGUGACCUUGGACAAGAUCAUUAAUAGUCUGCAUAGCCGAUUUACAACACAUGGUCAGUUAUUUGCAGAUUUGGCAUGUUUAGAUCCCCAAAAUUUUGAAGAUAUUUUACUAGACCUUCCCAGCAGUGCAUUAGAAAGACUGAGUAGCCUUGUUAUUAAAUUUGACUCCAAUGCAACGAAAGAGAAACUGCGCAGUGAGCUACUUGAUUUUGCAUCAAAGUGGCAAAGAUUGAAAAUGUCACUUGAUGAAGAAUAUAUUGAUGUGAACAAUGAAGGUCAAGAUGAAGACACCAUCCAUUCUCAUCUUAUCUCUGAAACUGAGGAACAGCCAUACUCCAAUGUUGGUGAUAAAAGUGGAAAGUGCAAAACUUGUAAGAGCUGUAUAGCCUGCUGCUACAAUGUAUUAUUGCGUUACAACUUUUACAGUCUAACGUAUAGUUCACUUUUUAAUGCAUACAAAUUGACACUGACACUUUCCUCUUCGCAAGUAGCAUGUGAGAGGUUUUCAAAACUUAAAUACAUCUUGAACAGACUGAGAAAUUCCCUCUCUCAAACACAUUUGGAGGCCUUUAUGCUAAUGUCAGUGGAGAAAGAGGCCUUGAUUGGACUAAGCAACGAAACCAUCAUUGAUGUUUUGGCUUCAAAAAGCAGCUUGCUACAAGAGAUGUUGCUUACAUAA